AGAGGAAGAGGGAGAGGGCGAGGCGCGCCUGGCGGCCGGGUUGGCUGCGGCCGCCCAGAGGCUCCUGCCAGUCCUCCCACCGACUACACCCCGGGAAGGAGGAGCUUCAGGCGCGCACAAGGCGUCAGAAUCCUCAAUUUCCAACUUAGCAUCUUGGCAGGACCUUUGCGAAGCCAAAAGCAGAGCCCCCCAGUGCAAAGAGCGAGGGGGAAAAAGAGAAAGCAGCAAGGGAGGGGGGGAAACCCAGCCGGGGCGAGCGAGGCGCGCAGAGGAGCGGGCUCGGCGGUCGCAGCCGGAGGCGCGCGGGAAGCGAGCGAGGAGGCGCCGCGGGCCGGAGCCCGGAGCCGGGGCCCGAGGAGCGGCGGCCCGGGGCAGCCGGAGGCCAGGUGCCCGCCCGCUCGCCCUCGCAGGGCGCCGCCCGGCUCGUUGGCGGCCGCGGCGCGGCGCGCCCCAUGCCCGUGUGUGGCCAUGUCCUACCCGCAGGGCUACUUGUACCAGCCGUCCGCCUCGCUGGCGCUCUACUCGUGCCCGGCGUACAGCACCAGCGUCAUCUCGGGGCCCCGCACGGAUGAGCUCGGCCGCUCGUCGUCGGGCUCCGCGUUCUCGCCCUACGCCGGCUCCACCGCCUUCACGGCGCCCUCGCCGGGCUACAACUCGCACCUCCAGUACGGCGCCGACCCCGCGGCCGCCGCCGCCGCCGCCUUCUCUUCGUACGUGGGCUCUCCCUACGACCAUACACCGGGCAUGGCAGGCUCCUUGGGGUACCACCCAUACGCGGCGCCCCUGGGCUCGUAUCCCUACGGGGACCCCGCGUACCGGAAGAACGCCACGCGAGACGCCACCGCUACGCUCAAGGCCUGGCUCAACGAGCACCGCAAGAACCCCUACCCCACCAAGGGCGAGAAGAUCAUGCUGGCCAUCAUCACCAAGAUGACCCUCACCCAGGUGUCCACCUGGUUCGCCAACGCGCGCCGGCGCCUCAAGAAGGAGAACAAGAUGACUUGGACGCCGCGGAACCGCAGCGAGGACGAGGAAGAGGAGGAGAACAUUGAUCUGGAGAAGAACGACGAGGACGAGCCCCAGAAGCCCGAGGACAAGGGCGACCCCGAUGGUCCCGAAGCAGGAGGAGCGGAGCAGAAGGCGGCUUCGGGCUGCGAACGGCUGCAGGGGCCGCCCACCCCCGCCGGCAAGGAGGCCGAGGGCAGCCUCAGCGACUCGGAUUCGAAGGAGCCGCCGUCCGAGGGCCGCCUCGACGCGCUGCCCGCGCCCCCCCGCGCCGGCGGGCCCUCCCCGGCCGGGCCGGCGGCCUCGCGGCUGGCCGAGGACCCGGCCCCUCACUACCCGCCGGGCGCGCCGGCUCCGGGCCCGCACCCCGCCGCGGGCGAGCUGCCCCCCGGGCCCGGCGGGCCCUCGGUCAUACACUCGCCGCCGCCGCCGCCGCCGCAGGCGGUGCUUGCCAAGCCCAAACUGUGGUCUCUGGCAGAGAUCGCCACAUCCUCGGACAAGGUCAAGGACGGGGGCGGCGGGAGCGAGGGCUCUCCAUGCCCACCGUGCCCCGGGCCCGUGGCGGGGCAGGCCCUGGGAGGCAGCCGCUCGUCGCCCGCCCCGGCGCCUUCGCGCUCGCCCUCGGCGCAGUGCCCCUUUCCAGGCGGGACGGUGCUGUCCCGGCCCCUCUACUACACGGCGCCCUUCUAUCCCGGCUACACGAACUAUGGGUCCUUCGGACACCUUCAUGGCCACCCGGGGCCCGGGCCAGGCCCCACAACCGGUCCGGGCUCGCAUUUCAAUGGAUUAAACCAGACCGUGUUGAACCGAGCGGACGCUUUGGCUAAAGACCCGAAAAUGUUGCGGAGCCAGUCCCAGCUAGACCUGUGCAAAGACUCUCCCUAUGAAUUGAAGAAAGAACCUGCAGCCCCUGAACUUAUCGGUCCAGCUGGGACUCUACCUCCCCGCCUGCACCCCCGCAGUGCCGCCCCUCAUCUCCCAACAGUCGGCUCUUCCUUUGACCCCCCAGGACACCCUGCCCUGCUGGAAAGACCCCGGCACUGACCUCUCCAGUGGAAUGCUGAGGCUGGCCUCCAUGUCAGUGCCAUUCCACGUAAGCUGCUCCCUUCCCUUCCUCCAACAUGUACUGAUUGAGCACCUGUGAUAUCCCAGAAGCACUCUUCUCUGUGCCGAUGGAUGAUGCAGCGAUAAGCAACACAAAGUCCCUGCCCUCUGGGAGCUUACAUUUUAGAGGGGGAGACAGAAAGAAGACAACCCAGUGUGAUAACGGCUUAUCCCAAUAUCCAGGUCAUGAGUGUUAAGGGAAAAAUUAAGGUGGGUAAGGACAUGAAGGGCGUGUGCUCUUUUAGCGAGGGCAGUCUUGGAAGUGUCCCUAGGGAGGUGGUAUUUGAGCAGAGACCUGAAAGAAGUUAGGGAAUAGGCCUUGCAAAUAUCUGGGGAGAGCAAGUUCUGGGUAGAAGGAAUAGGAAGUGCAAAGGUCCUGAGGUGGGAGCAGGUUUGGGCAACAGCAGGGAGACCUUCGUGGGAGGGGAUGAGGCCAAGGCGAAGCCAGGUUGUAUGGGGUCUUGUAGGUCCUGCUGAGAUCUCUGGGUUUUAUGAUAAGAGAGAGAGGGGGAAGAGAAUGAGGGUUUUGAGAAGAGUGACAGGAUGUAAUUUAUGUUUUAAAGGCAUUCUCAGGUAUGAGGAGCUAAGACGCGGGGAGGCAGGCCAUGAGGAGCAGCAGGGACCAGUUAGGAAGCUGAUAGAGAAUCCAGGAGGAGGUGAUGCUGCCUUGGACCAGAGUGGCGGCCAGAGGGUGGGGAGAAGUGGUCAGGUUCAGGCUACCUGUUGAAGGUAGAGACAACAGGCUUUGCUGAUGGAUUGGAGUGGGAGACGAGAGGAGGGGGGUUCCAGAUGCGUCUGUGGCUUGGGCCUGAGCACCCAGGGGCAUGGUGCAGCAGGGUGGAGAGCGUGCCAUUUGCUGAGAUGUCAAACAGUAAUGGAGGAGCAGGGGUCUUUUUUUUUUUUCAGGGGGGGGAAGUAAGAUGCUCUUCAACCUGCCCUUUGGGUUGGUUGGCUUGGAGACCCCCCAGUCCCUUGGCACUCCUGGCCAUGCUGGGUAUCUGGUGGCCGAGUCCACAGAGUCCAGCACAAACCCAAGAGGGAGCAGACCCUUCCUCCUGAAACCAGAGAUCUCAGUGUUCUCUGACCCCCACAUCUCUCCUUUAAUUUCUGCUUUUACUUAUUUUUUUAACCAGUGGAGAAACUGAGGUUCUGAAAGUGGAAACGACUUCCCCAAGUUCACAUGUGAGUUUCCAGGCAGAAGCAGAUCGGAAGCCCAGGUCUCCUGACUCUUAGGCCGCGUUCUCCCUCUGCCUCACCCGAGCUCAAUUCUCCGGGAUAUCUGUAUUUCAACAGAGAGCUCCUGAAACAAAAUGCCUUAACAGAGAGGAAUGAAUUUAUAAUGGUGGAAUCUCAGACACUGUGACAGGCUGUCAAGGGAGAUAUUUUUAGGCUGGGCUAAGAAACAUCUUAGCCCUCCUCGGAUGCUGCUGGAGGCCCGCUGCCUCCUUGGGACUCCGUGCAUGAAGUACAGAUGAGGGAAGAGCCAGGAGUGGACCAGCCCUCCCCACUCUCAGCAGCAAGGAGGCACUGGGACGGCUGCCCCUGCUGGGGAGUGGUUUUUUUCCCUAAAUAAUUGCUAUCUGAAAAGAUUUCUCAUUUCUCCUGCUGGAAGCGACUGUCUGCCCACCCACAAUUAUCUCAUAUAGUACAAGCAAAAAUUAAUAUUCCUUUGCCCAUCAUUUUACAGAGAAAGUCCUGUCAAACAAAGAUUUGGGUUGGGGGCAAGGCCCAGAAUCAUGGGUCUUUCAUGCAUUUAUUGUGAAUUUCUUUUUUUGUUUGUUUUGAUGUCUCAGCCUGACUGUUUUUCCCUCAACCCUUUUCUUGAGUCUUUGUGUUAUAUAUAUGGUCGUCAUCUUGGGGAAUUUUUUCUGUAAAACUAUCAGUGGCUUUUGUCCCCAGGGGAACCCACAGGCCCUUAGGAACAGCAUCUCGACAUCUUUCAAACAGAGUGAGACAUCUGUUAGCCCGGAUUCCAAAUACCCUCACGGUUCCAGAACAGCCCAGACGCCUUCCCAGCGAACACGGUUUGACAUCAGACUUACCACACAGUUGUCAUUUCUGAGACUUUUUUUUUUAGAUCCAAACCGCAAGGUUUUUUUUGUUUGUUUGUUAGUUUUGUGUGCCUUCUAUUUGUAUCCAACAUCUAAAUCCAAACCCUGUGGUCAUAGGUGGCUCUUUUUCCAAAUACUCAUACGUGCAAAGAUGUUCAUUGGUAGUUGAGGACUGAUUUUCCUGGAUCACAUAAAAAAGUGGAUUAGUGGCAAGGUGGAGAAAAGGGCUCAUUUGGAAUAAACACCACCUCUUUGCUGUUAGGAAGAGUGUGGCAGAAAAAUCGUUGGCCUGGUUUAUUUUGGUCGGUGGAGUUCUUUCUCUCUCCAGAUUUUUUUUUCUUUCUUCCUUUCUUUUUUCUUUUUAAUUUUCCCUUUUAAUCUGGUAAAUGCCUGACAGGUCCUAGAACCUGUAGGAGGGAUGUCUGGGAAGGCUCCAGAGCACUCAAGACUGCGAAGAAUGAGCCGUUUCUUUGCUGAAUGUUCCUCAAAACUUACUCCUUCGAGCCCCACCCUCCACAUCCUUAUCAUAGCCUCUGAUAUUGAAAUUGCUAUUUACAGAAGAGUUUCCCUCGAAUUUUGUCACCAUUUACUAAUUUUGAAAGGAAUAUUUAGACUGCCACUGUAAGUGAAAAUCUUUUAUCACUUGCCAUCAACAGAAAACAAUUAUGAAAAACCAAUUAAUUCAAUAAAGUUCUUUCUCCUGGGCUUUGAAGGCGACUGGCAUCUCUCAGGGGCUGUGUGCCCCUCGAGGUUUCCCUAGACCGACUCCUUCAGCUCUGCAGGCUGCCCUCAAAGUCAUGUGGGCCACGCAAGCGUCACUUCUCCGCCACCCAGAAUCGUCCGCGUUCCCCGGAGAUGUGCUUAGCACACUUGGAAAGAUGGUAACUGCGCACUUUACAGAGAGGGGAGCCGAAGCCCUGAGAGGUGAAGCAACUUGCUCAAGAUGGCGCAGCUGGCUGGGGACAGAGCCAGUGUGGCUGCCUCCGCAUCCCCACCCUGCUCCCGCACACCCCUUUCUUAAUAAAUCCCUUGCGCUCUAACCCUCAUCUCAGGGCGUGCUUGGAGGGGGCAAAAUGGGAGGAUUUCAUAAACCUGCUGAGCUAUUGUUCCUUGCAUCCCACUCGUUCUGCAGGGCCAGACCCUUUUGUCCUGUCUGGGGGCUCACUCAUUGGGGUAAGAGGCCAAGACCUGCCACCCAAUAUGGUUUUUGACACCACAGAGGACUCUAGUCCUUAUCCUUUCCUUCUGCAGGGGGAGAGGGGGGCUGGAGCGUCCAGCCCGGAGACGAGUUUGGGGGGUGCUGCUUGAGAGGGUGGGUGCCAUCUCCCUGUGAGAGCUUUCUGCCCAGCAGUCCCUUACAGGUGUGGGGUUCCCAUCCCACUGCCGUCCUUCUGGAGGCCAACCACAGGGACAUGCGCUGACUGUUUAGUGCUGACGAGUAGGGGGCUGCUGGGUUCCUGACUGUAAUGUCAUUCAAAGCCACCCCCCCACCCUGUCCCUUUGGGCUCUCUUUUCUCCCUGGGCGGGGGCCUUUGGCAUAGCUUGCUGAUCAGCUAGGCCCUCCCCCACCUGCCCUGGAAGGCCUGCCAGGACCCUCUGCGGUGCUGCAGCACACCUGCCUUAGCAUCCAGCCCCAGCUCUCACCGCUGCUCUGGGCCACACCUCCGACGGCUUGAAUGUGUAUCUCCAGGCCACAAGCAACUCAAAUUCAAAAUGUCCCAAAAUGUUCAAACUGAAGUCACCCCCUACAAUUCCUACCCUGACCCCAAGCCCAGACCUCUUCCCUUCCUUCAUCCGGCCACCCACUGGAAGGACUUCAGAAACAUACCCCACAUGCAUUCGCUCCCCAAGUCCCAAAGAUCUUUCUGAGGGAUCCCGUCGGAUUGCCUUCCCUCCCCUGCACUAGUCUGAGCUUUUCACCUGUGGAUGGACCAUUGCAUCCCCUCCUGGCGGUCUCCUGGCCCCAGUCAUCUUUGCAGCACCAACGUAGAGCCCAAAGCCAGGUGUGUCCUGGGUAUUCAGUACAUGUUGAUGGAACGAAAACAAAUGGAUGGGUCCCAAGCCAACAUGCUUGUUUGUAUUUUCUCACAGAAAUAUGAAUUUUGAAACAGCUCUGGCGGCAGACAGAUGUGAGUUCAAAUCCUGCCCGUACUCUGUUAUCUUGGGUGUGUUAGUGAGCCAGGUGAAAUGACGGAGAAUCUAAACAAGGUGGACUCUGGUGCCAGACUGGUUGGAUUCCAUUCCCAUCUGGGCCAUUUGCCUAGCUGUGCACCCCUGGGAAAGUUCCUUAACUUCUCUGAAAUUCAGUGUCCUCAUCUAUAAACAGGGAUAUUAACAGUAUCUACCUCAGACUUGAGGAUUAAAUGAGAUAAUGUAACCAAAGCCCACCAAAACUCAUGGUUGACUCUCCAUAAUGUAAGCUCUUACCAUUAUUACUUGAUAAAUACGGUUUGAUGUUGUUGAAAGUGACUUCAUCUGAGAAUUUCUAAAAUUGCGUAGUGUGUUUCGCCCAGUUCUCAACUACCUCACAUCUUUUUGCUGAUCAGCAAUAGUUAAGGUGUCUAGAGUUAAAAAAAAAAAAAAAAAAAAGCUUAUUUUAAGAAUCACUCCUUGGAACAUUAUUUCAUUACUUAAACUUUCUGCUGACUCAUCUGUUCCUUGGUAACUGAGUCUUUCUUUACCAAUCACUUUAAUUGCAUCAAUCACUCAUUCCAAAAACUGCUGAGUAAUGAGAAGUCCUGGGGGUGACACUGUGGACUUCUGUCACACAAGGAGGGACUUGUGGAGGUAGAACAGAUUUUCCUUUCCUUUGCUUUCUUUUUUAUAGCAGUCAGUACUUCAAACCAGGGAAAUAUGUGAGCUUUCAUUAUUUACUAUCUGUGCGUCUCUCUCUCUCUCCUCUUUCUCUCUCUCUCUUUAUAAUUAGCCAUCUUCAUAGCAGGAGGCUUGACAAUUCGUAAUUUCUUGAGUGGAAUGGAAUGGACUUUCUUUCAUCUGACAUAUCUUAGUCAUAAGGCCCGUGUCUCCAUCUUGGGGGUAAAAUAAAUGAUGUUUGAGAAUUCCAGCACCAAUGCCUUGGCUAAAAGCUGCUAUUUGCAUCAUUCAAGGGUUAACAUAUGACCUAAACAAUUAUUUUGUUAUCUAUAAUAAUAGCUACCUUGUUAAGUUCUUGGUAUAUGCCAGUGGUUGUACUAAAGUGGGUGUAUGUUUACACACAUCAUCUCAGUGUGCCUCAUCAAACUUAUGGAGGAGGUACUAUUCUUAUCCGCAUUUUACAGAUGAAGAAACUAAGGCACUGAAAGGUUUAUUUGCCUAGGUAGGUGUCAGUGUGAGACAUAAACCUGGAAAUGUCUGCCUCUCAUUUCUGUGCCUCGAUGGAGCUGGGAGGGAGCUGCUGGUUGCUCUUUGCUGCUUUAGACCUUAGCUGUUCUUCUGGCUGCUCCUGGCUCAGUCCUGCUGUGAGUAGAACAAGGUACCUGCUAUUCGCUAAGCUUGAAAUGCUAUUUGAUCUUGCAGGGAAGCCGUGAUCCUCAAUCUGGGCAGUGUAGGAAGUGGGGUGUGGUGGGGGCACGCACGUCACAAAACCUGGCCCCAAACUGCAUGUUCUUCCCCUCCCCUCCCCUCCACACCCUGUGCUCUCCCUCCUGGACGGUGACAGCAGCCUCCUCAUGGGUCUGUGUCUCAAGGCUCUCCCCCCAUCUUUCCAUCUACACACACUUCCCUUCUUAGCCUGGAGACGGAGGCCAGGGGAGCGAUUGGAAGGUUGAGGAGCAGGAGAGUGACAAAAUCAAGCUGCAUUUCAGAAAGAGUAAAGUCCCAGCUCCUCUCUGUGUAGUUCAAAGCUCCUCUCUCUCUGUGUCCACUCUCCGCUGUGGCCUUGUCUUCCCAGACCCUCCAUGGGUGUCUUGUGCUGUGGUCACACUGGCUGAACAGUCACUCCCAAAGCCCUUUUCCCAGCUGCUUCCUCUGCCUUAGAGUAACCCAUCCCAGUCACCUGUCUAAAUCCGUUUGCCCUUCAGAGAUUGAGCUCAAGCGCUUCUAGAGGCUUCUAGGGCUUUUGCAAUGGCUCCAGCCCACACUGCUUCCUCUCCAUGUGGGGCUGCUGCUGAGGAAGAGGCAGCAGAGUGCGCCAGCUCUGGGGUCAGGAAAAGCUGGAUUUGUGUCCCACCUCUGCCAUGUACCAGCUGUGUGACCUUGGGCAAGUGGCCUAACCUUUCUGAGCCUCAGUUCUGCCACAGUAAAUUAAUGAUGAUAAUAUCUGUGUCCCGGGAGUUUGGGUGGGAUAUGUGUGAGCAUGUCUGUGGGGUGCUUUAGAAAGUCAUUCAUUCUAGCACUGCCCACAAAGCCAGUGUGUUCGUUGGUCACAUAUUGAGGGCCUGUGUGUGGGACUGGAAACAAGAUAAUUCCAAAAAGCACACAUUUUUGUGAGCUCUGAACUGAUCUUUCAUCUUUGCACGUAUAAUCUGGUUCUGAGCUGUCCUGGUCUGUUGGUCUGGAGCCGGUACCAUACUCUUUGUCUUGCUGUGGCUUUGCAGUGUGUCUUAAAAUCUGGUAGGGCAGUCCUUACUUUUGCUUUUUUUUUAAAAAAAAACUAUUUGACUUAGCUAUUCAGGGGCAUUUACUCUUCCAGGCAAAUUUGAAGACGAGUUUGUCACGUGUUUAAAUCAUUUAUCCUUCUACCCUUUCCCUCAACACUGUGCCAGGCAGAGUCUUAGCUUCAGGGUAAUGGGAGUGAGAGCACCAGGUGAUUCUCUGAGGAUACGGGUGGAAGAAGUAAUGAAGUGCCUGCCAGAGCUCCAGCAGGAUCUGUCUCGGGCGCGCUGUCAGUCCUGAGCUGAACCUGAGGGUCCAGGUGUCUUCCCUCGGAUGGAGGGGAGGAGCAAAGGCCCCUUGCGGCUCUGAAGCCCAGUGAGGGAUGAGCUCCCUUCCUGCUCCUGGCUGGUAGUGCUCAGCUGUACCCGGUGCUCUUUGCAGGCUGCUUGAGGACUGGGGACUUCUGGUGUACCCACACCCAGGGAGGGGAUUUCCUCACCUCGACUGGGGGCCCUCUGAUGCCUCUGGCCCACUGCUGAGUCCUGACCUUCCCUGGUGGAUGACAAGUGCAGGGGAGUCAGAGCUCACUGUGACUAAGGGUGCAGGCUGGGAGCCAGGCUGCCUGGGUUCCUGUCCUCUACACUCGCCUCCCACAUGUCCCCCCUUAGCGAGUGGCCCCACCAUCUAGCAACCUGGGAGCCAGUCUCAGCUUUUCCCAUCUUCUCCAAAUUGUCAGCCCCGGUCACCAAAUCUGGAUGCAGAUUUGGUGGAAUCAACAUGCCCAGUUUUUACCUUGAAUCUCGACUUCCCUUCAUUCCUACCACUGUCACUGUCAUCCAGGCCCUGUCAUCGCUCACCUGCUCAGUGGCAUCCCAGUUCUAGUCCCGCUCCCUGCAGUGAGCCAAGUUUCCCUACUGAAGAUAGACAACUGCAUACAAAGAUAGACCCCUCUCCCCUCCCGGAAAUACUCCAUGGCUCUCUACUGUCCUCACACAUGGUCCAAACUCCUGAGUACGAUGCUCUUUCAAACUUCAUGCUCUAAACCUGUAAAGCUGUUGCCAUCUCUAGGCGCUAUUUUGCCUCUGGGCCUUUGCACAUCCUGUUGCCUCUGCCUGGUACGCCUGUGUUCUCAUUCUCUACUCCCAUCUUUCUACAGUCAACGCCUAUGUAGUAAAAAGUCUGUGCUUAAAGCUCCCUCCUCCUCAGUCCUCUGCCCCUUUCUAUGCUAAAGGUGUAAAGUAAGGGAUAAGCAAAACUUACCAGCUGUGUGACCUUGAGUAUUUAAUUCGCCUCUGAGGCUCAGCUUAUCCAUCUGUAAAAUGGGACACAAUAUAGCGAUGAGUCUAUUCCAGGUGGACACACUUUAAAAGUUAGUGUAUGACCCACUGCCACAUAGGAUUGUUGAGAAGAUUAAAGGAGGUUAUUGCUGGCACAUUUCACAGACCACUGGAGGAAUAAACAGAGGCAUAAAGCCCAGUCCUAGCCUUAAGGAACUUUCAGUGAGAUCAGACUCAUACCACCAUGGCUGACAGCUCCUUGAGAGCCAUUCGCUUCUUUCUUUUUUCCUGAAGGAACCCCAGCUUUAUUUAGGGUGUCAAUGUGCCAAGCCCUAGGGGAUGGACCAUUUAUGCCUAGGCCAGUUGGGAUAAUUCCAGUCUCCUUUGCCAGAUGUUCACUUUCCCAGCCUCCCUUGCAGCUAGGUGGCCAUGUGACUGAUUCUAGCCAAUGAGACAUGAGGAGACAUCUACUAAUCUUUCUGAAUCUCAGUCUCUUCUUUUGUAAAAUGAGGAGGUGGGAUCAAAGAUCAGUGAUGUUUAAUGCCCCUGCUUCUUCUUCUUUUUUUUUUUUUAAAGCAAAGGACUCCCUUUUUUGGUUCCAAAGAAAUCUUAGAUGGAGUCCUAAUAUAUCUAACAGACAAAGCACAGUGGCUCUAACUGAAAGGGAGACAGAGUGCAGGAACCUGUCCUCAUCUUCGCUGGCAGCCCCAGAAGCACGCCUCCAAAAUGACACGUGGAAAACCGCUGGGUUGGAGGAUCUCUACAUCCAGUAGUGGACGUGUCUUAUUUUAUUUGUGUGUAUUUUUGGACACUUAUUCUAGUCCAGUAUCCUGAAUUUCCCUUGGGAACCACCUCUCCUCUCCUCCAGGUCCAUAUGCUUUUGAUGAAGUUUAUUUGGUUCUGGUUCCAGGACUAGACAUAUGAUUUAGGCCUGCCCAACAUUCCAUCCCCCAGACACAGUGACUGGUUCAGGAAUGUGCACAUGACCCAAUUUGGGCCAGUGAGAUUGAGGUCUAUAAUUUUUAUUAAAUUUGAAGAGAAGGAGAGGCUUUCUUUUCCCAUUGAACUUGAACCCCAGAUUAUGAAACCUUGAAUGAAGUCCACAUGGGAGGGAACAGAGCUGAGAGAUGGAAAGGGACCAGAUUUUAGAGACUCUGUGCCCUUGGAUUAAGCAUUGCCUGAAGACAGACAGAUCUACUGCUGGACUUUUGGGUUUGUGAGUCAAUAAAUUCCCUUUUAUUAAAGUAGUUUGAGUUUCACCUUCUAUUUUUGCAACCCAAAGAGUCCCAACGCCUACAAAUCCUUCCAGAUCCGGAAUCCUGGGAUGCUGUAAGAGGUAGAUAUGAAGGCUGUUCACAAACGUCCCAGUCUUUCUCCUCCUGGGCUGAUGUUGGGAUUGUCCUUCCCAACUCACUCUGCAUGAGGCAUGGCAUGCAAUUUCGUGGGCAAAGGAAGGAAAACGUGUCACCUCCAGGUGGCUCUUUAAAAGUCAGUGCAUGAUUCACUUUCCCUCUCUUUCCUUCCCAUAAUGAUGUUCCAGAUGGCGGAGGCUCCAUCGACCCGAGUCCCAGACUGAGGACAGCGUGGAGCAGAGACCCCUGCUGACCCUCGAUGGAUAUGUACCAUGAGCAAGAAAUAAAUUUUUGUUGUUUUAAACCAUUGAGAUUUUGGGUCAUUUGUUAUAACAGCAUAACUUAGCCUGUCCUGAAUAAUAUAAAUAUACUCAGAAUUAUUCUCCUCUUCCUCCUCCUUCCUCCCCCUCCUUCUCUCUCCUCUCUCUCCCAUUGCUGCUUGCUCUGCCCUGCAGUCUUAUAUAACUCUAUUUCUUAACUUAUCUUCUGUCAACAGACUGUUAAAAGGCUUCCAUGAUUGCUCAUUUAUGGCCUUCCCAGUGGUAUCCAAGUGGACGUUGGCAGGAGAUAACCAGCCUGCCCCGACAAAGCUGUGCCCCUGGCAUCACCAGCAGUGCCAGUCAAUCACAGCUGUCAGUCAGUCAUCCUCCCCAGCACUGGCCUCAGCAGGCCAACUUCCUAAUCACACUCCUGGACUUACAGGGCUCUGAGUUCUGGAAUAAAACCUUCUCUAGGAAUUCCCAUUCAUUAUCCUAUGCAAAUUAACAAGACCCAGAAAAUUAACAAGAUCCAGAGCAUCACAACAUAAUGCUCUGCCAAGAUGAAAAAAAUUGACAACUAAAAAAAUUAUAUACAUUGGCCUUCAUUGUGAAUAAGAAAUUUCUGGAGCUGAUCAGUUAAGUAAGCCGAGGCACAAGAUUCUGUAGCUGGGGUGGAGGUCUGGCCAUGACUACAUUCUUUGGAAAGCAGAAAAGCAGAAGUAAAACAUUCCUAAAGCUCGAGAGUCAUCAUCAUCAUUAACAUAUAUGACACUUAUAUAGCUCAGGAGUCUUAAACUUAACUGCCGACGGGGGACAGCCAGGCCAUGUAGGUGGGCGAAGCAGGCACAUGGGGGUGGUGGGCCUAUAGGGAACUGCAGAGCGAUACCUUUUCUGCAUCCAGCUCUAGCUAAUUGUCACCACGCAGGAAUGCAGACCCAGUGUUGGCAGUUCUUUCGAUUUUUUUUUUCAGGGAAAGUUGAAAUCCAUAUAAAUUGUCAACUAUAUCACAUUUUUUCUGAAAUACUAUAAGGUCCAAACUGAAUUGACGACCACAGGUAGAAUGUUUGACAGGACAUCCUAUGCUCAACCUUAUUCUCUCUUCCCAUUCUGCAUUACCUCCAUUUUACAGAUUUGGGAAACCGAGGCUCAGAAAGGUGAAGUGAGUCACCCAAAAGGACAUAGUCAGACUCUAAAAUCAAUUCCAUGUCUUCUGACUCCAACUCAACUACUUUCUCUUCCUCCUGUAUCACAGCGAUCUCCUCACGGCUCCCCGAUGUGGCAGAGAGGUUAACUGUCUGCCAAAGAUUUGCGCUCCCACUUCUAGAGUAUAGGUUGCCGGGGGGAAGCAGCUACAAGCCAGGCCUGUACUUCCCAGCCUCUCUUCUAGAUGAAGUCAUGUGACUAGUUCUUGCCAACGGGACGCGAUAGGAAGUGGUACAUGUCAUGUCCAGGCACCAGCAGUUCAGAAAUGGGUGUGCCUUCACCACCCUCUCUUUCUCCCUCCACAGCCCCUUACAGAUGAGCACAGACACCCGGGAGACCAUCGUUGAAGGGGAAAGGACUGCAAGACGGAGUGAAUCAGGGCUCCUGAAGCAUCCUUUGGAGGAAAGCUACCUCCAACCGGGAGCAUCCUUUUUGGACUUGACAUCAGGGAUAAAUAAACUUCCAUUGUAUUUGA